UUUCAUCAUCUUCUGAAGUUCAACGCCUCUCUCUCUCUCUCUCUCAUCCUGCUCAUGUUCUUCAUCCUUGAAUCCGUCAAAGCUUCCUAUCCCAUUCGAUUCUAUUUAAACUCUUUUCAAAUCCUUCCAUGUCUUCAUCACUUUCCCGGGAAAUUUCUGGUUACUCUAAUCGGCGUCCAUGGCGUGGACUUUCAGUUCCGGCGUCCAAAUGUUACUGGUUCUUUCUGUUUACCUACUUGCCUGCGGGCUCAGAAGCGGCGAGGCGGCUUCGUUUAAGUUCAAUAUUCACCAUCGAUUUUCGGAAUCGAUAAAGGGAAUUCUCACGUCUGAAGGCUUACCGGAGAAACACACCCCUGCCUAUUAUGCCACUAUGGUCCAUCGCGAUAUGUUAGUUCGCGGCCGGCGACUGGCCUCCAGCAACGGCGAUACGAAGCUGACGUUCGCUUAUGGCAACGAGACGUUCUACAUCGAAAAUUUGGGAUAUUUGUACUACGCCAAUAUAUCGGUGGGAUCGCCGUCGUUAGAUUUCUUAGUGGCAUUGGACACUGGAAGCGAUUUGCUCUGGUUACCUUGUGAAUGCCGUAGUUGUUUAACUUAUUUGAACACAACAGAUGGUGGGAAGUUUGCGUUGAAUCAUUAUAGUCCAGAUGAUUCAACAACGAGCGCACCUGUUCCCUGCAGCAACUCUUUGUGCGAGCUCUCAAACCAGUGCACUUCGAACACAAAUACUUGCCCUUACGAAAUUAAUUACCUGUCUGCCAAUACCUCAUCCACUGGCUACUUGGUACAGGACGUCUUGCACUUGGCCACUGAUGAUUUAAAACUCGACCCUGUCGAAUCCAAGAUUACUUUUGGGUGCGGUACGGUUCAGACUGGUGUAUUUCAAAGAGGUGCAGCUCCCAAUGGUCUUAUUGGGCUUGGCAUGGACAGGAUAUCAGUUCCAAGCUUAUUAGCAAACCAAGGGCUUACCACAGAUUCAUUCUCCAUGUGUUUCGGGAUUGAUGGUAUUGGGAGAAUCGAUUUUGGAGACUCAGGCACCCCAGGCCAAAGAGAAACACCCUUCAAUACCAUGGCCAACUAUCCAUCCUACAAUGUCACCGUCACUGAGAUAAUUGUGGGAGGAAAAGCCAACAAUGUCGAAUUCACCGCAAUUUUCGACUCCGGUACCUCGUUUACCUACUUGAAUGAACCAGCUUACUCCAUUAUUUCUGAGCAAAUGAAUGCAGGAAUGAAACUAAAGCGCUUUACAACAGAUCCCGAUUUCCCAUUUGAGUACUGCUAUGAACUUCCUGCUAACGACAAAGUUGAACGUCCGAUACUGAAUUUUACGAUGAUGGGUGGGGACGAUUUUGUCCCCAUGGAUCUGUUCAUUGGUUUUCCUAUUGACGAUACUACACAUGCAGUUUGUCUAACCCUUAUCAAAAGCACCGAUAUUAAUCUAAUUGGACAGAACUUCAUGACUGGUUACCGUAUUAUCUUCGAUCGUGAAAAGAUGGCGUUGGGAUGGAGUCCUUCAGACUGUUACGACAGUGACGCCGGCACUCCCUCCGGUGACACCCCUCCGGCCAAAGACUCCCCCCCGGCCGACGACUCUCCCCCAGCCGAGGACUCUCCCCCGGCCGAAGACUCUCCGCCGGCAGAAGACUCUCCCCCCACCGACGAUUCUCCAUCGCCACCUUCUUCCCCCGGAGGAAGCACCGGUUUGCCGAAAAUUGGGGGUGAUGCAACGCGGUUGAAUCCAUUGACCUCUGUGUUUGUCGCCGUUCUUGCAAUUUUGGCUGUUGUUUGACUUUGAUUAUUAUUCUCUGGGUAUCGUUCUGAUUUGUUUGGUGUAUUUUUAAUUUUUUUUUUGAAGCAAUAAUUUAAGAAGGAAACAGUUUUGCUGCUUCCACUUGUUUGUAUUUUGUAAAUCAGUGUUACUCAAAAUUUAUUACAAAUUUGCAG